AUGUCGAGCUUCCAGUUUGCCUCGGGUCUGUAUCUUUAUUGCCCUCUGCAGGUGUAUUGGUGUAACGGCGCUCAGAUCUCCUCACCUCACGACAAGGAGAUCCUGCGGAGUAUCGAGGAGCAGCUGGAGCCAUGGAGCGCCUCCUGUUGGGAUGAGGAGCUGGUGGAGAGCUGCUCCCUGAGGACCGACCCCCUGGCACAAAUCGGCAGUUGCUACAUGGACGAGCUCACCUCCCUCUGCUUCCACAGGGAUCUGAACAGAAGUUGUCCAUUGAAGUUUGUCCACUCAUCGUUCCACGGUGUCGGACACACCUUUGUCCAGCAGGCCUUCCACUCCUUUGGCUUCGCUCCGCCGAUCCCCGUCCCUGAGCAGAAAGACCCUGAUCCCAACUUCUCCACCGUCCGUUGCCCCAACCCCGAGGAGGGAGAGUCAGUCCUGGAGCUUUCUCUUAAUCUGGCCGAGGAGGAAAACGCUCGAAUCGUUCUGGCAACGGAUCCUGAUGCUGACCGUUUGGCUGUCGCAGAGAAGUCUGACGGGUGCGGUUGGAAGGUGUUCACGGGUAAUGAGCUGGCGGCCCUGUUGGGUUGGUGGAUGUUCUUUAAUUGGAAGGAGGCUCAUCCAGAUCCUGCAGACGUUCAGAAGGUGUUCAUGUUGGCCACCACCGUGUCGUCUAAGAUCCUGCAGGCCUUCGCUCGCAUCGAGGGAUUCCACUUUGAGGAAACUCUUCCUGGGUUUAAAUGGAUCGGGAACAGAAUACAUGAACUUUCCAAAACAGGAAACACGGUCAUAUUUGCCUUCGAGGAGUCGAUCGGUUUCCUGUGCGGCAAUUUGGUCCCUGAGAAAGACGGCGUGAGCUCGGCGGCCGUCGUGGCUGAAAUGGCUGCUUACCUCCAAAAUAAGAACCUGAGUCUGAACCAGCAACUGCACAACAUCUACCAGACGUAUGGAUAUCACGUGUCUAAAACCUCCUACGUGGUCUGUAACGACCCCCCCACCAUCCAGAAGAUCUUCAGCCGGAUCAGAAACUUUGACGGCGAAGGAUCGUACCCGAAGACGUGCGGCGGCGUCCGGAUCGUCCACGUCAGAGACGCCACCACAGGAUACGACAGCAGCCAGCCGGACCUCAGAUCUGUACUUCCUGUGACGAGGAGCAGUCACAUGAUCACCUUCAGUCUACAGAACGGCGUCGUGGCCACGCUGAGAACCAGCGGCACCGAACCCAAAAUCAAAUACUACACUGAGUACUGCGCCGCCCCGGGGACCAGCGCGGCGUCCGGUCUGGAGGACGAGCUCGGGAGGAUCACGGCCGCCCUCCUGGAUGAGUUCCUGGAGCCCGAGAGGAACAAUCUGAUUCGCCGCUGCGUCUAGCUCCGCCUGCCUCGUACCUCCUGUUGAUGAUGUCACAUCCUGUCGUGUGUUGUAGAUGAAUUAGAGCAGCCGCCGCCGCUUCACUCUGUGGUGUCGAUAAAGAUCAUGUUAGAGAUUAAACUACGAACUAUUUAGUUGCAGGUCUGAAGUGUGUCCUUCCUUUGUUACCGUACAGCAGAGAGCAUGAUGGGUAAACGAGUCCAACCAAAGAGUAGUGUCCUCUCGUUGUGAUUGGUUAUCAGGACAGAUGCUGCAGCAACUACUGUGAAGUAUUUACAAAAGUAUUUUCAUGGAAAUUAAGUGAGACUUGAAAUAAAUUAACUUUAUACGAAAGUUAAUUAACGACAAAACGACUCGGGCAACAAAACAAAUGUACGGCGGCCUGUUGCUGCCACAGAUGAGAAAAUUUCUUAAUUUUAAUAAGAUGCUUUUCAUUUUUCUCAUCAUUACUACAAAGAAAUUAUUUAGUUUUGAGAAAAAAACGUUAUGUUGUGACCUAAUUUUACCUUGUUACAUCAUAAAUGUCUCACUACACAAAUAAAUGUUCCACGUUAUUAAAUAUUAAGUUGUUAUAAUGAGACAUUUAUGUAUGUUGUCAAAAUGUUCCUUGCUUUAAUGUCCUAAAGUCUUUUUCUUUUCAGCUCAUUAAACUUAUUGGAGUUGAAACUAUUAGAAGAAUAAUUCAUUGGUCGACUGACAGAAAAUCAUUCUGCAACAGUUUUGAUAAUUAGUUUUGGUUUUUGGACUGUUGGUGUGACUAAAACAAGACAUUUAAAGAUAAUCAAUAUUAAUAGAUUGAUGACAAUCAUUAUUCCGUCCUCACUCAGAUGGGAUUUUACAUUUGUUUUUCUGCUCAACAGUUUUGUGGUUAAUGAACUUCCAUACCUGUUUCUUUAAUCAAUCAGAAAAUCAGCUUUGUGUUUUUGAUGUUUAGCUGAAUGUUGAAGUUUUGCUUCCACGCUCUGUGGUGGUUAUUUAUUUUUAUACUGCGAUAAAAGAUAUUUAUGUUCAUGUAGUGUUGAAGGAUCGAUCAGCUCCAUGUAGAGUUAAAUGUGUUCAGUUUGCUGUUAAUGUGGUUCAAUAAAACUGAAUUAAACUUCAAAA